AUGCGUAUGAAGACUCCACAGCGUCUGCUCGCGAUCGUCGGCGGCGCUUUUCUUUUGGGUACCGGGCACUCGCUUGUCAGCGGGAAUGUCACGCUCAAGGAAGCGGCUACUAAGUCUGGUGUUGAUGGGGUGAAGGGUGAUCCCAACCGGGGAGCACCUGCGAACACCAUCCCUGAAGAAAUGCCGGAGGAUGUCAACACUCCUGAUGAGCAAUCUUCGGCUGUGAUUGAGGAUGAUCAACCAGAGUCGAGUCCACCAACCCAAUCCACGGUUUCGUUCACGGGCAAUGGGUUUGAUCUGGAUGCUCCGGUUCCGGAGGGAACACUGACUCUGCGCGAGUCGCACAUACUCUGGGAAGAGGGUGCGUACUUUAUUGAUGCUCGUCACGAUUACGAGUUUGAAACGGGUCAUAUUCAAUACGCGGCUUGGCUCCCAGCACAGUUGUUCGAUACCGACAGUGCCGCAGCGUUUGCGGUGAUGGAUUCAAUCCCGAAGGACGGCACGAUCGUGCUGUACUGUGUCGGUGGUGAGUGCGAUGCGUCCAAAAACACCGCGGCGAUGCUUGAACAGUUCGGGUAUACCGAUCUGCGGAUCAUGGGUGCGGGGUACGAGGACUGGGUCAACGCGGGAUUCCCCACAGCGACUGGUGCUGAUGAGGGGACUCCGCUCCGUGUGGGGUUGGGUGGAUUGUUCAUCUUCGCGGCGUACAACAAGCUCAACGGGAUCCAGUCCUUCGCGUAUGCGAUCAAGGGAUUCCAGGUGGUCGAUGCGGAUCAAUACGGGCAUCUGAUCAUCAUGGCGGCGCACAUGAUGCCUUGGGCGGAGAUGAUCGCUGGCGUGCUCUUGGUGCUUGGUCUUUGGACUCGAGCGGCGGCUGCGGCGGUCUGGCUCAUGCUCGCGGGGUUCAUCGCGGCGUUGAUUCAUGUGAUCAUGGAUGACUCGAUCAGCGCGGAUUGCUCGUGCUUCGGGGAUAUGAAUCUGAUCUGUGACGCGACUGUCGGCUGGUGUCAGGUGGUCCGGAAUCUGGUCUUGCUGAUCCCAGCGAGCUACCUCGUGUGGCGCCAGGGCGGUUUUUUGGCACUCGAUCGGGUCUUCCGGGACAAAUCCAUGGAUGAUGUAACCACCACUUCCGGCAAGGGAGUUGAGUAUGUCGACUACAAGGAUGUCGAGAACCUUCGUCGCAUGAUGACUCCAAACGGCAAGAUCUACGGCCGCAAGCGUCUCGGCACCAACGCUCGUCAGCAGCGCAUGGUUGCGACGGCGAUCAAGCGGGCGCGUCACAUGGGACUGCUCCCAUUCACCAACGCAACCCUCUGA